UAAAGGUGCUGAGUAAGAAAGAAAUCUAACUACUAUAUACCUACUAGGAAAUAGCUUCUUAAUAUUUAUGGAGGAUCGAAAAGACAGUCCACCGGAAGAAGAUGCCAAACUCGACACAAAUGAAAUGUGUAGUGGGAAAUCUUCGAUUCCCCAGAUAGAAAAAGAUGAUAACACCAGUUCUGGGCUUCAGUCUACGCAAUCAGAACUGUACACAGAAAAUGUUUCUUGCGAUUUAGUGGAGCUCAGCAGUGAUGAUGAAGUUCGAAUCAUCGAUGUGAAAAGAAAAUCAUGCGAGAAAAAUUUGCAAGCAGAUGAUCAAUGUUCUUCUGGAAGGACUAGUCCGAAAGAUGCAACAUGUUCGGUUUGUCUCAGUGAAUAUGAUAACAAAGCAUUCCUUGAUAAGUGCUUUCAUGCUUUUUGUUACUUCUGUAUUUUACAAUGGUCAGAAAUAGUCAGGACCUGUCCCCUGUGCAAAUCAAGCUUUACAUCAAUUAUUCACAGUGUCAAAUCUAUGGACAAUUACCAGCAGCAUUUUCUCUCCAAACCUGACUCACAUGUGCCAACCAACCGGCAACAAUUUCAAAGUGAUGGGAGACGUUUCCGCUACAGAACAACAUUAACUGAAGGACACAGACAACAGCAGCAACAACAGAUGCAGAGUCAACAACACCAGUGGAAUGAGACUGGCAUCUGGGGGCAGCCAGGUAGACGACGGCAGGCUCAUGUUGCAGCACAAAGAGAUAGAAAGACAGUGGGUCGUGAAAGGAGAAGGACUAUCUACAGAAAUAACUUAUGGGUGCAAAGAGUUACUCAGACAGGACGUCCGAGGCUGAGAGAAAUUUCACCAGAAUUUUUCCGUUCCAAUCCUGCUUGCACCCACCGACUGAUUCCAUGGCUUACAAGAGAUUUAAGGGCGUUGUUGAAUGACGUGGAGAGUCAUGUCAGUUUUGUUCUUCAGAUUAUUUUGUCUCUGAUCAACAAGGUUGAGCUUAGUUCUGAAGAGUUUUCUCGCCAGCUGCAGCCUUUCCUAUUUGACAAAACAGAUCAUUUUAUCCACGAGUUUAUAGGCUUUGCUCGUUCGCCAUUUGAUAUGACUGCUUAUGAUGAGCGUGCGCAGUACAGCUGGCCAAGUGAGUCAGAGCAGGAACCCAGAGAUACGCCGACUGUGUUUCACAGUCAAACUUCAGGCUGGCAUACACCUGUUCCAGGCCCCUCUGGCGAAACUCUGUGGCAAACAGACUGGAACAGAGAUUCUCCAGCGCAGCAAACUGUAAACAACAGGUGGUCUCCAAGCUCAUCACCAGGCACAUCCGGACUAAAUGGUCGAGCUGGUUUGGAAAGGACUGUGACCAUCUCUUCAUCGAACUCAUCAGUUAGUCCGCAAACAACUCUAGUAGACAUUGAACCCACGACAAAUUAUCAAGCGUCCAAUGCGUCAUCCGACUCUAUAGGGCGUAGUAACAGAAAGAGGUCUUCCAAGGAAACUGUUGGAGAGAAGACACAAGUGGAAACGGAGAACAAGCAUCAAUACCAUCACUAUCAUCGUAAUUCACACAAACACAAACAUAAAAGGAAAGAGUCUAAAAGAUCGAGCGAGAAGCGAGACAGAGGCACACUUUGUGGAGAUACUAAUCAUGUUGAUAAUGGUUUAGGCCCGUCUUGUUCUACAAAUCUCUCUAUUGUUUCUUCAGAAUUUUGUUCAUCUCCACAGGAGUUUAUUGUAAUCAGUAGUGAUACCUCUACCUCUCCGGUAUCUUCCAUUGUUCGGCCAGGACCUUCGUGCAACGAUGCAACGCAAUUUCAACGAAGGAAGGAAGGGUCUGGAUCGCGGUCAAAAUCUGGAUUACGACUGCUGUCUAAAGGAAGGGGAGUUUUUCAAGAAGACAAACGUUCGCGAAGUCACUCUGUUAAUGCUAAAACGCGCUCAAGGGAUCGUUCACUUUCGGUUGAAGAGCGUGCGAUUGAAGAACAUCGUCGAUGGCGAUCAAACUCUAGGGAAAGACGGUUGAGAGAUGACAGUCAACGUUUAUCUCCGUCAAGAAUAUCUGGUAAGCACAGUCAAGAAAAGAUAGGAAAGUCCUCUUUAAGUCCAUCCCAGACUCACUGCAAACGUAAAACGCGCGGCGAGAAAAUUGACAGUAGACGAACAAAGGAGUAUGGUCGAUCUCGUUCAAGAUCGGGGUCUUACUCUCGAAACUCCAAAUCCCGACACUCACGAUCACAGAAAUCACGGACAAGGGACUCACGAUCACGCAGAUCACGAUCAAGGUCGAGAGGUUCGCAGUCACAGAAAUCCCGAUCACGCGAAUCAAGAUCGCGAAAUUCACAUUCCCAGUCACAAGACUCUCGAAACUCACGAUCUAAUUCACAAUCAAGAUACUUCUCACGAGCUUGCACGCCUCUGUCAUCGCGAACGCACCAUAGCGUUUCCCGUUCGCGCAGUUCUUCUAUAUCAACAGCGAACUCUGAAUCCAAAGUAAGGGAGUCAGCGUCGCACAGUAAUGACGCUAUUAAGAGGGAAAUUGAAGAUUUGGAAAGUCGCAUAGUGGCUGACAAGAAGCGGCUUCUAAGGCUUUUAAUGAAAAAGGAACAGGCGGAAACCGCUUAAUUAUGACAACAAACUAAAGAUUAGUGACAAAUUGUAGCGAACUGUUGGUUUAUCAAGUUAUCUUUAAAUUUGUUAGUGCCUACCGAGACAAAAUUCAUGUAAUUAUGGAAUAGUAAAAAAGUUAUUUCUAUAUAUAUGUCAAUCAGGCAUUGUGGAGAAUUGCAAAAUUUAAUUUUUGUGCAAAACCAAUUUGGUAUCAGGGAUCUUUGGCGAGAAUUGAAGCUUUUACCAUCUUCCCCUAUAACACAUGAAAUGAAGUCCAGAUCAG